AUGGCAUUUUGCCUAGUUGCUAUCAAUGUGGCUGCUGAUUAUGGGCCUUACUAUGCAUCCCAGCCAACCUAUCACAAAUCAACUCCAUAUACAUACAAAUCACCAACUCCACCUUAUGUCUAUAAGUCACCACCACCUCCAUCUCCUUCACCGCCGCCUCCUCCAUAUGUGUAUAAGUCUCCACCACCUCCAUCCCCUUCACCACCUCCUCCAUAUGUCUACAAAUCUCCUCCACCACCAUCUCCAUCACCUCCUCCUCCUUAUGUUUACAAGUCUCCACCUCCUCCAUCUCCUUCACCUCCACCACCAUAUGUCUACGAGUCUUCGCCACCACCAUCUCACUCGCCUCCACCACCAUAUAUUUAUAAGUCUCCAUAUGCCGACAAGUCUCCUCCACCACCAUCUCCAUCACCACCUCCUCCAUAUAUUUACAAGUCACCACCACCCCUGUCUCCCUUACCACCCCCACCAUAUGUUUACAAGUCUCCACCUACACCAUCGCAUUCACCUCCACCACCAUACAUUUACAAGUCACCACCACCUCCUCCAUAUAUUUACAAGUCUCCACCUCCACCAUCUCAUUCACCUCCACCACCAUACAUUUACAAGUCACCACCACCCCCAUCUCCCUCACCUCCACCACCAUACGUUUACAAGUCUCCGUAUGCCUAUAAGUCACCACCACCCCCAUCUCCAUCACCACCUCCUCCAUAUAUUUACAAGUCUCCACCUCCACCAUCCCAUUCUCCUCCACCACCACCAUACAUUUACAAGUCACCUCCACCCCCAUACGUUUACAAGUCUCCGUAUGUCUAUAAGUCACCACCACCCCCAUCUCCUCCAUAUAUUUACAAGUCUUCACCUCCACCAUCCCAUUCACCUCCACCACCACCAUAUAUUUACAAGUCACCACCACCCCCAUCUCCCUCACCUCCACCACCAUACGUUUACAAGUCUCCGUAUUCUCCUUAUAAGUCACCACCACCACCAUCUCCACCACUACCUCCUCCAUAUAUUUACGAGUCUCCACCUCCACCAUCUCAUUCACCUCCACCACCAUACGUUUACAAGUCACCACCACCCCCAUCUCCAUCACCACCUCCUCCAUAUAUUUACAAGUCUCCACCUCCACCAUCCCAUUCACCUCCACCACCACCACCACCACCAUACAUUUACAAGUCACCUCCACCCCCAUACGUUUACAAGUCUCCGUAUGUCUAUAAGUCACCACCACCCCCAUCUCCAUCACCACCUCCUCCAUAUAUUUACAAGUCUUCACCCCCACCAUCCCAUUCACCUCCACCACCACCAUAUAUUUACAAGUCACCACCACCCCCAUCUCCCUCACCUCCACCACCAUACGUUUACAAGUCUCCGUAUGCCUAUAAGUCACCACCAUCACCAUCUCCAUCACCACCUCCUCCAUAUAUUUACAAGUCUCCACCUCCACCAUCUCAUCCACCUCCACCACCAUACGUUUACAAGUCACCCCCACCCCCAUCACCCUCACCUCCCCCAGCAUAUGUUUACAAGUCUCCAUACGUCUAUAAGUCACCACCACCACCUCCAUCCCCGUCACCUCCUCCACCAUAUGUUUCCAAGUCCCCAUAUGUUUAG